AUUGUAAAAUAAUGUAACGGUAACGCGUAACGAGCUACAAGGGACUAUUUCUUGGCGUGUCGCGACGCCAUAUUUAUUUCACAGAUCCCCUUUGGAUCGUGCAACGAGUCCAACGUACUUUCCAUCGAUUUUACUCAUUGGUGCACUGAUAUUUAUCAAAAAACACCUCGUAUCCUGCAGCUAGAAGCGCAACACUAUCGUUAAAAUGGCAUACCGUGAUCGUGAACGUGGGGACAGAAGAGGCGGUGGAGCACGAGGUGGUGGUGGUGGGCGUUUUGGCACCAGAGACGGAGCGGGUAGAUUCGGCAGCAGUUCGACCAGAGACAGUAGUAGCUUUGGGAGCAAUAGCUUUAAGAAUAGGCAGCCAGGGGAACGUCUCCGCAAACCUCGAUGGGACAUGAGUACCCUACAACCCUUUAGAAAAGAUUUCUACCAACCUCAUCCCAACGUAACAACUAGAAGUCCACACAUAGUAGAGGCUUAUCGUUCAGACAAAGAGAUCACUGUAAAGGGCGCAAACUUGCCAGGGCCGAAUAUAUUCUUCGAAGAGGGUGGAUUUCCAGAUUACGUCUUAAACGAAAUUCGCAGGCAAGGAUUCGGGGAACCCACUGCGAUUCAAGCGCAGGGCUGGCCCAUUGCUUUGUCGGGACGCGAUAUGGUUGGGAUUGCCCAAACUGGAUCUGGGAAGACGCUAGCAUACAUUCUACCAGCGAUCGUGCACAUAAACAAUCAGCCUAGGUUGAAUAGGAACGACGGACCCAUAGCUCUCAUUCUAGCGCCAACCAGAGAGCUCGCCCAACAGAUCCAGCAGGUUGCUUCGGACUUUGGGGUUUCCUCGCAAGUGAGAAACACUUGCAUCUUUGGUGGAGCCCCCAAAGGUCCUCAGGCGCGCGAUCUCGAGCGCGGUGUCGAGAUUUGUAUAGCAACGCCUGGUCGACUGAUUGAUUUCCUAGAACGAGGGACAACAAACUUACGCAGAUGUACAUAUUUAGUUCUAGACGAAGCGGACAGAAUGCUGGACAUGGGCUUCGAGCCACAGAUUAGGAAAAUUGUCGAACAGAUUCGUCCCGAUCGACAGACUCUAAUGUGGUCCGCGACGUGGCCAAAGGAAGUUCGCAAUCUCGCAGAGGAGUUUCUGACUGACUAUAUCCAGAUUAACAUUGGGUCCCUGCAGCUAGCUGCGAAUCAUAAUAUUCUCCAAAUUGUCGAUGUAUGCGAAGAGUACGAGAAGGAGGGUAAACUCAUGAAACUCUUGGAAGAGAUCUCAAACGAGCCAGAAAAUAAGACUAUUAUUUUUGUGGAGACCAAAAGAAAGGUUGAUGAUAUAACCCGUGCCAUUAACAGGUAUGGUUGGCAAGCUAUUGGUAUCCAUGGAGACAAAAGUCAACAAGAAAGAGAUUACGUACUGAAUCAGUUCCGGAAUAGCAGAUCUGCCAUUCUAGUGGCUACAGACGUUGCAGCAAGAGGAUUAGAUGUGGAGGAUGUUAAGUUUGUGAUAAAUUUGGACUACCCCUCCAAUUCUGAGGACUAUGUACACCGUAUCGGGCGUACAGGACGCUCACAGCGUACUGGGACAGCAUACGCGUUUUUCACACCCGGUAACGCACACAAGGCCAGUGACUUGAUCCAAGUCCUGGAGGAAGCGAAACAAGUUGUGAAUCCUAAGCUGUACGAGUUGUCGAGGAAUCCUGGCGUCUAUAAAAGAGGUCGGUAUGGAGGACGCAGUGGGGGUAGUGGACGCGGCUCUGGAGGCCGUGGAGGCGGUUCCAGAGGAUCUCGAGGUGGUCGUGAUGGGGGAGACAGGGGGGGAAGGUUUGAUCGCUCCAGUGGAGACAGAGGAAACAAGUGGAAUGGGAAUAACAGCAGUGGUAUAGGAGGAAGUAGUUACGGUAGCAAACCGUUUUCCCAAAACAGUUAUGGCGGAGCUUCCGGUGGUGGCUCUGGAUACAGUCAAAAUGGCGGCGGAUACGGGGGAGGUGGAAGCAAUUAUAGACAACAAAAUGGCUAUUAAUUUAAAAAUGAUUCCAAAAGAGAGUCUUAUGUAAUAUAGAGCAUAAAGGAAUGAUCAAGUGAAAUAAUUCUAUUCGAGAAAGAACAUGUUUUCCAUACGGUGUGCUUCUUAUUGUGACUGAACACUAUAAUGCACGCGAUAUUAUCAUUGAUUGAAUAAAAAAAAAAAAGAACAAGAUAGGAGGUAUUAUAAUUGUAAUUCAGUCGAUGACACUUAUCAUUCUCUUCUACGAUAAAAAUAAAUGUAAGUGUAGCUAUAGGUAGAAUAUCGAUGUCUUGACUUGCGACCAUUUUGUUUCUCUGCAACGCAAUUUGAGUUUACAAAACGUGAUAUGUAUACGUGGGACGAGAAAGAAGUUUCCAAAAUUGAAUAUUUAUUUCUUAGAGUCGAGGUCGCAAGUCCGCGGUCAUCUGUAUUAAAACGUACAAUGCAUUGUACUGUAUUAAGUUUAAGAGCGCGCGGAAAUCUUCUGGCGCAUUGUAGUAUUAGAAAUAUAAUAAAACACUACAAGUAUGAAAAGUAAAUAACGCUACAUCAAGUUUUAUUCCAUGUUUUACUUUCUUUGCGUGGAAAGUAAGUACGCCGAUCGUUGGAUUUGUAAUCAACGAACUUGAUGAUGCACGUUUAGAAUAAUUAAUCGUUUCGAUGUUAUAUAAUUUGCACACUGUAUCUAUAGGUAUCUUCUUCUAUAAAGCAGUAGAUAAUACACGUUGAUACGAGAAUAAUCAGUGCUGCGUUUCGUGGAGGUACAUCUUUAGUCUGUGGCAUUUAUCAGAAUUUAUUCAUUCCAGUAUAGUCCUACUACAGUUACAUUUCCCGCGAUUACUAUUGAUACAGUUAUAGUAUUAUACUCAUUGUAAAAUCACUUACCGACUCCUUAUGGUAUUUAACGUAUAUAGAUGUAUCGAUGCGUGUAUUGAGUGUCUAUAAUAUCGCAUGAAUAUAUUUUCUGAACGUUAAUCAAUCGAAAUCGUUGGAUCGGAAUUCUAGGAACAAAUUGAUGUCUCAAUCGAUACGGUGGCAAAUCUUGUAGAUCUGAAAUUGUCUUGAUAUUUUUAUAUUGUACAAUGUUGUCUAAUAAAUAAUAAAGAAUUUCAUUCUCAUUGCA